UUGACGCGCUGAGAGGAGGACAGAGCGUCACAUCUCUCCAAACGCCCAUCAAACUUUCGGCAGAGAGGACUCAGUGCUCCAGAGGAGGCCUGUUAGAGAGUACGCGCUGAUUUUUUUGGACAUGCCCAGCGAUGGAGAGACUUUUGACGAUGAAUUUUGGUACAGUUUGACAACAUUGUGAUUCCCUUCUGAAAGCUCCUUCUCCACGUUUCCCCAUCCUUUCAGCGACCGAGCGAGGGAUGGAGCAAGCACCAAGCGCGCCGAGUCCUCCUCCAAAACCAGUCAACCACGAACCCAUCAGCUUCGGCAUCGACCAGAUUCUGGGAGCCGGUUCGGAGCCGGAGAGCGGGCGCACGCCGGGCAGACAGAGUGGAUCGGAUUUAAGCAACGGGGACGCCUAUUAUAGCUUAGGAAACCCGAGCGGUGCCAACGCGCCCUCAUACACAGCGCUGUCUAUCUCCCUCUCUGGGAUCAUGCCUCCAGCGGAUGCUUCAGGUUCGUACGGAGAAAACAGGAGUCUGGGCAGCCGGGGUGUGAUACGAGUUCCCGCUCACAGACCUGUAACGGCCCCGGGACCCCCGACACCUGUCCAGAGCGCUGUUCCCGGGUUUGGAGGUCUUUGCUUCCCUUGGAUAGGAAACAGGUUCGCCAAGGACAGAAUAUCAGCGGCUCUGGUUCCUUUUGCAGUCACUCGGCGGAUAGGUCACCCGUAUCAGAACAGGACGCCUCCGAAGCGGAAAAAGCCCAGAACCUCCUUUUCCAGAGUCCAGAUCUGCGAGCUGGAGAAGCGCUUUCACCGGCAGAAGUAUCUGGCCAGCGCCGAGCGGGCGGCUCUGGCCAAGAGCCUGAAGAUGACCGACGCGCAGGUCAAAACCUGGUUUCAGAACCGCAGAACCAAGUGGAGGAGACAAACAGCCGAGGAGAGGGAGGCGGAGCGUCAGCAGGCCAAUCGCCUGAUCCUGCAGCUGCAGCAGUCCGCCCUCCAGAAGUCCCUGAGCGAAUCCGCGGUGUCGGAUCCGCUGUGCGCCCAUAACUCCUCCCUGUACGCUCUGCAGAACCUCCAGCCGUGGGCCGAGGACAGGGAGUAGGGACAGAUAAAUUAAAUGAAACCACUGGGACUUACUUUGAUUCAUGCUGUAUGGAGGAACAAAUGUGACUUGAGACUGAAGCAUGGGUCCCGUCUAUUUAAGCGGAGGAUUUUAGAACGGGAGAUGAAAUUCUGGUGAGUGAUGCUUACUCAGAAGCAGAAACUGUGGAUUAUUUUUGUUUUCCACCCUGGGUGGAAAAAUCAGAACUUCGCAAAACAAAUCUGAAACAGACUUAUUAAAAAAAACAAACAAACAAAAAAAAACUGCCACCCUAUUUGUUCUCAUAUGCUUGCACUUAUUCUGUUCAUUGGAAUAAGACAGGGAAGAAAUGUCUUGUAUGCAGUAUGUAUGAGGGAUGUAAUUAAUGUCACACUGUAAAACAUGAGAUUAUAUUGUUUUAUGAGUGUGCUUUCUCUUAACACCUAUUUCUGGGUGCGUUGGCUCUGCAAGAUGUGUCAUAGCAGAAACAAAACCUCAUAUUGUUUCUCAUCAUUUUUUCAUUUUUGUGGUGCUUAUUCAGGUCCCAUUCAUAAAAUACUUCCUUUAAUGCACUCUCACAGACCUGCACAUAUAAACCUGCACAUAGAAAAAGCAACACUUGGGCCAAACAAAAAGAUGCCAAAAAUAUUGCAUUUUGGGUGCAAAAUGUUGUUUGAGCUGUAAUAAAACGAAAAUGGGCUUCAGGAAAUAGGAAAAUCUCACCCAUGCUGUAAGUUAAGAUAAUAAAGGGAGUGAUGCAUGCUCAGAGAUGUUGCUAAAGUCUUUUCAUAUGCACAUUAUUAUGUUUUUGAAUCGAGCCAGAAAACUCUGUUUUGUACUUUUACUGUACAUGUGUAAAUAAUAUUAUAAACUGUUGUUGUGAUCUUUUGUUUUUCAUUCUCGCUCCUUCAUGGUGCACCAAAAAAAAAAAAAAAAGAUUUUCAGGUUUUUAACUCCGUUAUUAUAAUAAGGUAAAGAAGGGGGGGAAAUCAUGUGGAGUAGAAUUGUAAAACAUGACAUGAAUUGUUGUUUUUUUUUCCCUGAAAAGUUUAUUGAUAAAUAUGACUUUAUACAAUAUUUCAAUACACACAUCAUUUGAAAUGACAGUUUAAAUUGUCUAUAUGCCUGUCUACCUCUCUGUCGUCUUGUCUGGAUUUCUGCAACUCAUUUAGAUGACAUUAUUGGCUUAGCACAGUGAGUAAAAGCGCAAUAUUUAAAUCUUUCAUUCCGGCUCAAUCAUCAAAAUGAUGGCUCUUGUUUGAAAAAUGGCUUCCAUUCCUCCAGAAUCAGUGUUGAGGUCUAGCUCUCGGGUCUUUGCCUUCCUCCAUCAUCCUUCCUCCCCUCACAGUGAAAUGUUGGUCACUCUGAGUCAACGUUUGGUUUUUGAACAAGACAGAACCGAAGACAAAACUUUUCCGUCUCUCGAAAACAUGCUUCUUUCCACUGAAGGAUCCUCGACAUGAACUGAUUUAUGCACAUGCCCAAAAUUAAAUUGCUUUGCAAGCAGGGCGCUAACAUUAUGGCACCACAAACAAACACACAAGAACAUGCAUAUGUGUUGCUCUCUACCUGUAAGCCAACCCAUGUGCUCUUUAUUCAGCAGAUAUCGAGACAGACAGCAUAAUUACAGAGUUAUAGCCACUCAGACAACAGGACAGACAGGUAUCAGAAUAAGAAACACAGACAGACAUCAGACAGUAAGAAAAAGCCACAAAAACAACAAUUAAAUACCUAUAACACAGCUUAGUUGUUACAACGCUCAGGAACUGACUUAUGAUAUCUUAACGGACACUUAGUUCAGCGCUGCAAAGUUAUGUGCUCUCAAAUGUAAGCAUUAAGACAAAACGUUCUGCCCACAACUUUGCAAAUACACACUAAAUACAGUAUAAUGUGGGCAUCUGCCCUACAUGCUUCAUAAACUUGCUCAUUUUUGCUGCACUGUUACAUGAAAUAAUGCUGUAAACAGAUAGUUUCUUAGGAUAGUUCACCUGUAAGCUGCAUUUUAGUUCAAAACAAGAGACAGACUAGCCCAAAGGAGAGACUGGCUGCAUAUUUACACAAAUGUGGCAAA